UUCCAAGUUUCUCCGGAAUAUAGAAUUAUAUCUAUUAGUUUACAGUGUUGGUUAUUAUUAUUAUUAUAACACUGGCUUACCAUGAUCUGUUUAUUCAAAAGUGAUGUUAAAAUAUUUCUUAUUAUGAAGUAUUUAAAUAUAUCCAUAUAUUGGGAACCAACAAAGUUGUAUCGAUGAUACUAUACAAUCUUUUCUUAAACUUCAAGAGGUCAUAUACAUUAAGUUAAUGGAAAAGAAGCAAUAAUCCAAAGUGAAAUAAAGUUAAAUGAUUUAAACUUAGCCUGAAAUGUCUGACGAUGAAUAUUGGUGUUAUUCACAGAAAAUUGAGAAUGAAACAUAUUACAUAACUGAAUUCAAGCCUGUUUACGAUCCUACUCUUGUUCAUCAUCUUAUUUUGUUCGGAUGUGAGGAGCCAGGAAGUACAGAAGGUUUAUGGAAAUGUGGUGAGAUGUCGGAUGACGAAACACCUGUGUGUAAUGCAUCUGAGUCUAUUUUGUACUCUUGGGCUAUGGGAGCUCCGUCCUUUGAAAUGCCUGACGAUGUGUCGUUUAAAGUUGGUUAUGAAACGCCAUAUAAAUAUUUUGUACUACAAGUUCAUUACAAAGAUGCUAUGAAUUUAGACGAGAAAGAUACAAGUGGAUUAGAACUCACUACCCAGUCUACUCCAACUGGUAAAUUGGCUGGAAUAUAUAUAUUAGUUAGCGGUGAAGACAUUGGACCCAGUCAAAUAGCUCGUCUGGAUGUGGCAUGUUCAUACACAGGCAACGCUACAUUACAUCCAUUUGCCUUCCGUGUUCACACUCAUAGUCACGGUGUUCUAUCUAAAGGUUAUGUUGUUGAUGGAAAUGAAUCUUAUCUUAUUGGAUCUAAAUCACCUCAAGAACAUCAAACAUUCUAUCCAGUGCAAAAUCAAUCACUUGAAAUACACAAACAAAAUAUAAUUGCAGCAAGGUGUAUAAUGCAAAAUAAUGAGAGUAGAAUAAUUCGAAUGGGAAAUACACGAAAUGAUGAAAUGUGCAACUUUUACAUUAUGUAUUGGGUUACAAAUGACAAUGAACAACAAUUAUAUGAUACAAAUAAUCAAGUUUGUUAUGUGGGUGAUGGAUCGGAUAUUUAUGAGAAUUUUCAAGAACUUUAUAAAAAACUACUUGAUAACUCAUUCUUUCCAGAUUUUGAAUUUAUGAAUCCGGAAAUAAAUGACUUUUUUGAUAAUUUUGAAAAUCCAUAUUUAAAUCAACAAAUUGAACCUUAAAUAAAUAGUUGUUACCGUCUUUUACAAUAAUAGAAGUAAUGAAUGUCAUACAAACUAAUGUGUAUAUGUAUGUUUGUGUGUCAACUGUGAUUUGUUAUACAAUUUCUUGUUUGUUUAUUUGUUUGUUUUUUGUUUUUAACUUUAUUUUUUUGUGUGUGGACAAUUAUCUGUGAUUGUUUUGUCUGUUUUAACAUUUGAGUUAAUGUUGUCGUUUUUAUUUUCUUCAAGUUAUUCCUAUCACUAUGUUUCUGUUUAUUGUAUAUCGUCAGCAUGAGUAUUUAUCUAUUUUCUCAAAAAUAAACAAAAAAAAGAAAAAAAAGAAGAACAGACAUUUAUUUCAACAUAAGAUGUACUAGAGUGAAAUAUAUUUAUUUGGUUAAUUUUUAUUGACAGUUUAUCAAUGCAAUAAUAUAUAUUAAAAUAGAUACGUUUGAAUGAUUGAUUUCAUCCGAAUGUUGUUCAUUUAUUAAAUAAUAAUUUAUCUGAUAAAUCAGAAAAUCUUGACAACGUAAAUGAUAGAUCGGAUUAAAAAUAUGACUUUAUAGUAGAUAUUAACUGAUCGCUAUAGUUUUAGUUCAUGACAUUUAGUAAAUUGAUCAACUAGUGAUAAAUCCUAUAUAAUGAAUCAUAAAUCAAUUCUGAUCUCUUUAAUUUUUUGUGUAAUAAAAUUGUUAUCAGAAUGGGUUUUGUGGAG